ACUGACGACGGCGGUCCACGAAAGCGUUUGGAAAACGACAGAGAGAGAGAGAGAAAAAAAAAAAAAAACGAAAUACGCAUUUUUACGUAUAUAAUAACGCGUACAUACAGUCGAGUGCCGAACGGCUAUCGCGUUAUUUAUAGACGCGCCGAGGAAAUUUUUUUUUUUUUUUUCAUGUUUCACGACAACUGAAUUACAACCGUGUAGAAAACCGCUGCAGUAUACGCGACGCGUCGUAUUAUCGCGGCAGUCCGUCGCGCGCUCGCCUUUUUCGCCGCCGCCGUUUGCGGCCGAAUCGAAAUACGGCAUUUCACCCGUGUACGGUGUACACGAGGUUUUUGCGAGUGCACCCGUUGGCCGGUACACAAUAACACAAUAACACGAAUCGUACGCGGAUAAAUACGGGUAAAUACUGAGAAAAAAUAAAAAAAACUACGAUCGCCCGACGACGUCUAAACGACAAUAAUUAUUAAUACUGUUCGUAUUCCGCUCGUACGUCACCCAGGUAGAGGGCUACGUCUCUGGCCGCAAUUUCAAAAGUUUCCCGUGAUACAGCAGUCGCGAAAAUGGACUCCAACGGCGGCGGCUAUAACAACAACAAUUACCGGAAAUACAAACGCGGCAACGGCCCGCCGGCGAACCCGAAGACCAAAAAACAGUUGGAAAACGAACUGAACCGGCAGCGGAGCUUUUACGUGCCGUCGGCCGCCACUGCCGCCACCGCCGCCGCCGGUCCGCAAAACCAUCACCACCAUCGCGUCGCACAAGAUGGCAACAACACGCAGGUACCUCUGAACCAAACAUUACCGUAGUUGCAGGUCCGCUGUAUAAUCGAACGUCGCGGCGACGACUAAACGUUCGUGCGAAACCCGCACUCGUUCUCGCCGGACUUAACGUUUUUUUUUUUUUUUUUUUUUUUUUUUUUUUUCUUCAAUCGGUGAACGGCAGCCUAGUCGAUCGUAUAGAUCUAGUUGACAGGAGAUGAUCACGAUGACGACUACACGGGGAAUUAUAGUCGAUCGGCGGGGGGGGGAGGGACUAGUGUUGUCAACUCGGUGGUCCCGAUCGAAAUCCCGACAGUCACAUACCGUGAACUAUUGAAGGGGAUUUUUCUUCGCAGCGUUUGUAUAAUUUGUUUUUUUUCUUACAUGUAAAAUUUGUACAUUUGUAAAUUCGUACUCUAUUUACUCUAUCAAAAUGUGACGAGUUACUGAAUGUAUUGAUUUUAUUUUAUUGGUUAUACGUUUAAAAAAAGUUUUACUUAUAUUUUCGUUUACAAGUUGAUAACCAGUAUAAUUUUAAGGGACGUAAUUGGGCCAUCACCUACACAAUCUUAGUGGAUGCCGAUAAUCAUGUCUGCGAAAUUCUGUGGGAUAUUGUCUAUUGGAAUUUUAACUUUGUCGGGGUUUUGAUCCUGUCGAAACUGUCGGGAUUUUUACUGUGGGGAUUUUUAACGCCUCCCGUCAACGGGAUAUAAUAAUUGUCUCGAUCCCCCGGUCGACUAGAUCCCCGCGAGUCGAUUAGUUUCACUGAAUCCCCUCGGGUCAUCUAGAUCUAUGUGAACGGUCAUCGAAAUCACCAAGAUCUAAACGACGUGCGAAAGAUCUAGUCAACGGGGGAAAUAAUUGAUCGGCGAGACAGGAUUCAGGACAAAAUAACGGGGGGGGGGGGGGAGGAAUUUAUUUUGAAAAUUCAUAAAAGGCAAAACACUUAUGUACAUUUGGAUAUAGGUAUAUUAAUUGUAUAUAUUAGUAUACUAGGUAGCGAAUGAAAUGGAGAAGUUAUCGUCUCAUUCCCGAUUCUCCCCGGGAUCCGCCACUGGAUCGAGAUCGUUACGGGGAUCUAGUUAACCGUGGAUCUAUAGGUCAUUUAGAUCCCUUUGACAGCUAGUUUAGCUAGAUCCCCGCGGGUCAAUUAGUUCCACUGUCAACUAGAUCCUUUCCGCGUCGUUUAGAUCUAUAGGUGAGGGUGACGCUUCACCGUUGUAUUUUAUGUAUUAUAUUAUUAUAUUUGUAUUGUUUUCUCUGUCUCGAACAUGCAGGGAGACUAUUCGAACAGGAAUAGUAGUAAUAGUAACUGCGGUGGUGUAACAAUAGGACAAAAGAAACCCACGUUGGCGAUUUAUCGUCCGCCGAGUAUGUAUUACAUUUUGCAAUAUUUGUUUCAUAAUAUGGUUAACAUCAUCCGCCUGCAGUUCGUAUGCCGUUCCCCGACUUAAUGCCCUGCUGCAGCGGUCGAUACGUAACCCGCAAAACCGAGUUUGAUGAACGUUUUUUCGAGAAUUUUUUUUUUUUUUUUUCGGUUUAUACCUUACAUCUUGUUAAAGAAUCAAUUUCAAUGUUAUUAAUAUCAAAAACGCGCGACUCUUGUCGGAAUAGAUAGUCCGAAAAGGUAGUCACGCCGACCACUGCAGCAGACCUCGCCGUUUAACACGUUCCAACGGAAUUAUUUCGGAUCAAUAAUAAAUACAAAAUUAAAUCCAAUAUUACUGCUCCUGUAAACGAACAAUUGAAUUUGGUUUCUAAUACAGUUUUUAUUUGAUAAUACAAGUAGCUAAAUUGGGGGGCGACAAUUUAACAAUUCAAGAAAACGCGAUAUCCGAAUUGCGUGAUGUCCCCCCCCCCGACCUUCUAAACGCACGACAUAGCAAAUUCGCGUUCAGCAGAAUCAAUUUAGUGCUGUUCGCUUUAGUAUUUUAACGAAUUGAUGCAUUACCUACAAACUCAAGGUUAAGAACAUUAUCUGUGUUUGUACGUCAGUUGUUUUUUUUUUGGUUAUUUCUAUUUUCGAGCGAGUUAUAAGCUUUUAUUUAAAAAAAGUAAUAUUUCAUAUAAUUGAAAUAUCCAAAAGAAACCGAUGUGCAAACACAGAUAAUAUUUUUACUUUUGAGUUUUACAAUAUUUGAUGAUUUCAAUUUUAAGGGAAUUAGUGUCAGAUUAAGUAUACUGUUAAAGCCUAAAAACUGAACAAAACUAUAGGAAUUGUUUUUGGGGUGGAUUUGGUAUUUUGGUAAUAGAAAUGAAAUUAUUUUACUAAAAAUCGUGUAAACAAAUUUAUAAAUUUCCGAUUUCGCCUUUUAUUUGUGAUAAAAGUUAAAAUUAAAAAAAAAAAUUCCAUCGCGUCCUACAUGUAAAGUACCUAAAGAAUUAUAUUACAAUAUGUUUUCAAAAUUUAAAUGCCUCAAACUCAAUUUCUGCGGUUUUGUUUAGCUAUUCGGCCUAAACGCUCAUAUUUGUCGGUAAAAACAGCUGUAAUCCUUCCCCUUGAAUAGGUAUUGGGCAGUGGAUUAGAGAAAAAGUCUUAUUUUCCGUCAUUAAAAUGUAAAAAUAGAUGAUAAAAUUUAAUAAAAUUUAAAGCCGUCGCCAAUCCCUUAAAUACUAAUACUCACUGCACAAAACUGGCCCUUCUGAACGCAAACGUAUUAUUUGUAUUGUUUUCGUGUGUUUGAAAGAAUUUUUUUUUUGGACAGUCUCAUAUAAUUUUGAUAUUUAGUGUCCAAAUUGACUAAAUUUCGUACUUUUAAUAAAUUAUCGGACUUUGUAUCAGGCAGACAAAGUACAAGCGGUACACGUCUUUUUCAAAAGUCGAUAAAUCGCAAUAACGAAUUGGUACGAUAUAGUUAUACAUAUUGUAUAAAUAAAAACAUCUAUACAUUAUAAUUUAACUAAUUCUAUUAAUCGAAUGGGGGAGGCUAUCCGAAAAAAAAAAAUGUAGAAUCUCAAUUACGUAUAUUAUUGUCUUUUAAAUUUGUACACCAACAGUAUUUUCCCACCCCACCGUGUAAUUAUAAGUAAUUAAAUGGUAUUUUGUUUCAAAGCUCGUGUUUCCGCUCUACGGCAUCCGCACUGUCAAUUAAUUCGCUAUUUCGUUAAUUAAAGUGUAAUAUUGAUGAUAUUUACACUCUUUAUACUAGCCCUAUACCCUUCGAAUAAUACAGUAUACAAUGAUCGGGUCACAGACGAUGCGUCGUCGUCUGUGACGAUCGGUUUACACUCGUUAAGUGUCGUUGCAAUAUUUUUAUAAUGGGAAUAGCCGGAUUGCAUUUAUUACCUAAAUUCAGGCACGUGCAUGGAAAAAAACUCGGGAAGGUCCCUUUAAUUAAAAAAUCUAAACGUUUUGAACUAUAUAUUAUCCUGGAACCUGGAGUCUUAUACCUCCCGCUGUAUACGUACAUGUUUAUAUUAGAAUAGCUGAAUUGAAAUUCAGUUGGAAUCGGGAUAAAAACGGUAACGGUCGAACUGCAUUUGGGUCAAAAAAGUGAUAAUUAAAAAAAACAACAACGUUAAACUAAAAAGUUUUGAAAAAGCUAAUUUACCAUCCUACUUGCAGCCUUAAGAGACUUCUGUAUAGUGUCUCACCAAUUUAAACUGAAUUUUAAAAAAAAUCGCACGAUGGAUGGGCCACUAUUUUAGGUGAGAAAUUGGGAAGAUAUUGAAUUAGAGGAUAUCGGAGAAUUUAAUGUAUUUUUAUAUACAACGAUUGAUCAUCGCUGAGGAAAGCGAUUCUGAUCGGAGUUCGGUUAUACAUAUUUUAAAAGCCCGUAAUAUUUACGAUUUUAAUUAAAAUUCUUAUUAAAAAAAAAUACUACAUCAAACUCAACUUUUUCUUGUUGACCAAUAAUACAACUAGAACCUCCUGUUAAAUCGCCUAGCAUUUCUGUUUGUUAUAACAAUUGUAUACACUGAUUACUUACCGAAUAAAUAUUAUAGGUACGUAAAAAACUCUCAAAAUUAAAAUGUCUAUAAAUAACUCAAAAUGGCUCAAAUGUUUUGAAAAUUGUAUCACGUCUAGAACAGCUAAAUAUAAGGUUUCUUUCAGAAAACGUACUAGAUUUUAUAAUCGAAGCUAGAUUUCUGGUAAAAAAGUUGUUUACAGAAAAAAAAUAAACAUCAUUUUAAAAUCAAUAUUUUUCUCGGUUCGCUCAGAAUCUAAAUUUAAACCAAAUAUGUAUUAUACUUCACAUAAGAAGCCAUUCCCCAGUUUCUGUUUUAGAUUUUUAUGAAAAAAUAAAUUUCAUUAAAUUAUAAUAUUGUAUUAUUUUAUAAUCUAAAUAACUCAUUUUUAACUAAGUCUAAUUAAAUUGUAAAUGUGAAGGGAAAUUAGUUUAAACUAAGGUUUUUUCGGAUAUUUUUGUUGAAACUACUUUUUUGACUUGAGUCCAGUUACUUACCUUUUUUUUUAAUCAAAGUAAAAUUCUACUUUACUCAUUAUAAUAUAUAUCUGAUUUCGAAAACAUAACUAUGUACUCAAAUAUAUAGGUACUUCCUAUUGCUGGAGUUAUAUCUUUGGUUCCGAAGAAGAAAGGCUUAAGAACUUAGCCAACGUCAUAGGACAAAAAUGAAAUUUUGAAGAUUGCAAACAAAUAACGGAAAUUAUGAAAUCACGGAAAAAUGAUGUAAAAUUAUAGUACAAUAUUACUAUGGAAAAAAUUACAUAAGAAAAUUAUUUAAAAAUAUACAAACAAUUGACUUAAGUCUUUCUUCCUUGGGAGUCCGGAAGCAGUGAUAUAUUUAGAUAGUUACUAUGAAAUUCCAUUAUUUUUUGAAUGAGGGAUUUAUUAAUCCUUAGGUAUGUGUGUUGCAUACACUAUAACGGAAUUUCAUACAACAUUAUUCGAAUAGUUCAAAUUUGUAACCGUAUAAAUAAUGCAAGUUUGCGGUAUUAUAAUCAUAGAUGCAAUUUGGAUAGAGGUAGAGGAGGAUAAACCCGCUUUGGCCAGUGUCAAAUCCAUUUUGAGUGACGAGAACCCAAAUAAUUUUAGCCCAAUGUAUAAUGCAAUAUUGCGCAUUUUCAAUUGAAAAUAAUUGGUGAUCAUUGAUCAAUAAUAAGAUAAAAUUACUUCACCAAAAUAUUGUACUUAUUUUUUUUUUUCAUUGUAUGAUCAUACUGAAAUCUAUUUGAUUAAUCAUUUGGGACUACAGAAUUACAACUGGAUUAAAUAACCAAUAACAACCUCGGUUUUUUAAAAUUUGCGCUCACUAUCAUCCCCGUUAGUUCUGCCACUUUUGAAUGCCCACUUUCAACAACUCAAAUUGCGCCUAUGAUCAUAAUAUAAUUAUUAUACCAACGAGAGUUUCGAAAAAAAUAUAUAUUCUUCUAUUGGCUUUUGAUUCGAGAAGCCACAAAUGGAAACGCAACGCUGCAGAUUAAUCCGUUUGUACAAAAUCACAAUGCUUUCCAAAGCCCACCGAAAGCGAUUGCAUCAUAAUCAUACGAGAAAACUGAGCGAUGAAUUUAAUAUACUUGAAUAGUGAUUUACACGUUGUAUUAUUAAUCUAUAUUAAAUAUAAACAAAGCUGGACAGUAACUAUAAUUUAAAAGUUGAAUCGUAAGUUAAUUUUUUUUAACAACUUUCAACUGUUUAAUUUAACUAUAAUUGAAAAUAAAAAUAAUAUGUCAGAAAAAAAAACUUGAUUAUAUUUUUAAGUUAAUAAUUUUAACCUUUUUUUUUAUUUAUUUGACUACGGGAAAUUACGUAUAGUGGGGUGUAGUAAGGGUGUAAUAGUGUAUAGUAGGGUGGCCAUAUUACAAAAAAAAGACAGGACACUUUUUUUGCAAUGAGUAAAAAAAAAAAAGCAUCGACUGUCAAAACAAGAAAAAAUAUAUAAUACUUACACACUUAUUAUAACAAUAUGUAGUCUUAUAUUACGCGGCAUACUACAUCAAAAAUAUAGAAUGCUACAUUAUUACAAAAUUGUGUGUCGUAACAUACCUACACAUUUUUUAAAUGGUAAGAUUUGUAUAGGUAAAACAUCUAUAGCAGAUCUAUUAUAGGCGAUGUUUUAUCAAUUAAUCGAUAAAAUAAUUUUUUGAUGAAAAAAUAGUGAAAAACAGUUUUAAAACAGAACAAUCACGGAAAAUAGGACUAAAUGCAUCCUGUUUAAUUCCAAUUGGAAAAACAGGACAUCAAUCUGAAAAACAAGACAAUCCUGUUUAAAAAAGGACGUAUGGUCACCCUAAUACAAAGUAAAGGUUAAUUUUAAAAAAGUAACUUUUAACUUUACCUAAUUAUCAUUUUUUUGAAAAUGCAGCAUCCUUAGUUUUUAUUUAUAUCAUAUGAUAACUUAACUUAAAAAAAAUACGAAAAUUGGUUAACUUGUCCAGCUUUGAUUUUAAAUUUAAACGUGGACAUUUUAAAACCAUUAUUAUACUUACUCGGCAGAGUUCAGAAUUUUCAUACAUAAUAUAAUAACAUUAUGCUUUUGCAAAUUCGUCAACCCUUUUUUGCCGUUUAUAUCGCAUAUUAUUUUUAUAAAUAUACACGUAGACAUUUUUUUAUAUUAUCGUUAUACACACUUUUUAUUUUAUUUGUGCAUAAAACUAUAAAAUAAUAAUGUUAUGUAUCGUGUACUCAGUACCUACCCACUAAUCACUGUACCUGCAUAUUUAUAAAAUAAUAAAUUCAAGUAUGCAUUACAAGUGCAAUAUUGCUAACACGUUUUUAAAAAAAAAAAAAAUAAAUAUAAUAUAAAUACCUAACCCAGUAUAUCGUAAUAUGUAGGUAGUCAUAAAAACGUGGAAUUAUAGUAAUUUAAAAUUGUAUUGAAUUUACUAGCAUAAUAGUUUAAUAUGGUAAAUCUCUUUUUGUUCUUUAUACAAAAAGUUUUUAAUUUAUAACAUUUUAGAUUCUGAGUGGAACGAGGAUUGCAUUGGUUUUACAAUUAUGUUUAUUUUUUUUUCUGUAAACCACUUUUCUACCAACAAUUUUAUUCCGAUUUACAAUGAUCGUACUUUUUCUGAAAGGAAAUCGGACUGGGGAGGUACUUUAGGAAGUUCACUUUUGGAUUUUCCCAGGAGUUUUCUCAAUAAAUAGAAAAAAAACGGAGGAAAAAGGGGAAAUUACAUGAAAUGUAUUAAUAAAAUAUUACGGUCUUUUUUUUUUUGCGGACAACUUUUCUGCCAGCAACUUUGUCUCAAUUUACGAUUAUUUACAAAUUCAUUACAUGAAAUAUGCAUUAUUUAAUGCAAAUAACAAAGGAACACUAUCAACCGAACUCCGCUCAGAAUGGUUUUUUUUGUUAGCAAUUGAUGGUAGGACCUAAGGGUAUUUUCUGUGAAAACAUAAAGCUUGAAUAUGAAAAUGUUUGGAGGGAGGGGUUGAAACUUUAAACCGCCAAAAACACAUCAUUGGUACUUACACCACGCAUAUUCAAAAUGUCAUCCUCUAGAUUUCAUUUAGUGGGUAGGAGUGUAUAUAGCUAAAACAAUCCUAUUUCCGUAACAACACGGUUAAAUUCAUAUUGAAAUUCAACCAAAAUUUAAUAAUAUCAAUUCUCCUGUAAAAAAAAACCUUUAAUUCUCGAGUCCAAAGCUACCAAAAAGUGUCCAAAAGUAGUAUAAGAAAUAUACAUUAUGUAUUUAUUAUGCAUAGUCUUAGUCAUAGACUAUGCAUAGUCUCUAUAGUGUCAGGGAAAAUUAUACUAAAACUUUAAAAAAAUAGUAUCCAAAUAGUUAAUAUUUUAAAUAGACACUAAUUAUAAAUAUUAUAGUAAUUAUAAUAUAAUUUAUAAACUAUAGGUACGCAUCUAAAUACAUCUCAGGAUUUAAUUUACUCUAGAUUAUUUUAUGUGUGCUUUGGUGUUCAGCAUGCGAAGUCCUUUUAUUUAUGGCGUGUAUUUGGCAUGGUGUGUAUAGGUGUUCGAGGUGAUAUAAAUAAUAACAGUGAUAAUGUAUAUAUAGCCAACGGACCACAGAAAUCGAGAAAUAUCAAAGAUGUCGCUUCGAACAUGUCGGCCGAUGCGUACUGUAAACUCAACGUGCACGCUAAAGAGUUUUCCUUGGAACGUUCCAAAACCGCUCCUCAGUCCAUAAUGAAUGGUGCGAAACCGGAGUGAGUUUGUUUUAAUUUUUUAAUAAUAAUCUGAAUACAAUAGAAUAAGUUACCUGCACAGUGGUUACAGAAGUUUACUUCAAAAUUACAAGUUUAAUACAUUCCAAAUAUAAGAACAUAUUUUGUUUGUGCUAUACAUUUAUAUGCCGUCUACGAAAUGAAUCACAUUAUAAACAUACAAUUUAACAUUAUUCUUAAUCUCUAUGUUAUUUCGUAGUUGUGUACUUGUGUGUGCACUUAACUACCUAUCCAAAACAUUAUUUGUAUAGAUUUAUAUAUUGCUCCAAUUUUGGCCAAUGGUGGGCAUCAAACCUUAACUAAACUGCCUAAUUAAUUAUUUGUAUUGUUAACAACUAGUUUAAGUUUUUAUUAUAUUAAAUUAAUUUUAUAUUGUUAAUUUCCAUAAAUAUCCAUUUAAUUAAAUGACAAUGUCGCUUCUAGUUUAUACUUAUGGACAAGGUGAACUGUUACCCGUAUCAAAAUUAUUAGUAUUCAUCCGUUCGAUGCAGUGUCGUUUUGAAAAGUAAAAUUCGAUUAUUAGUCGAAAAAAUAUAAAUGUUUCUUUAGUUUCUAUUCAUUAUUUGUAUUACCUUCAAAAUAGAUUCUACUAGUGUACACGCAAAGUGAUUAAAAAAAGGAAAUUAUACCUAUUUUGUUCAAGUAGAAAAAAAAAUUUGUAUUUUAGAUUCUAAACGAGGCGAGGAAUGUACUUGUUUUACUAAAUGUUUUUUUUUUUUAAUAUUUUUUCUGUCCGUAAACAACUUUCCUACAGGAAAUUAAAACAUGUUUUGCCGAACUUAACUCAGAAUCGUUUUUCGUUGCCAAUGGUCUAUCGUCGUAUACAGAUAUAAAUCAAAUAACUCUAUACAUCCCACCUUCUCGAAAUUAUAUCUCAUUAACAAUGACACAUCCAUUAGCAUUAUCAUUUAUUUAGAUUCGGACCGUGGCGAUGAUUCCAUUGGUUUUACUGUGAUGUGUGCUUUUAGACUCUGAGCAUAACGAGGCAUUUAUUGGUUUUACUAAGAAGUGUAUUUUUUUUUUUUUUGUAUCUGUAACAACUUUUCUACCAGAAAUAUUGAUUUGAUGUACAGAUUAUAGUACUAUAUUUGAAAGGAAAUUUUGUUUGGUUGGUUGAUUGGCGCAUUAGAGGGAUUAUUGUUUAAUUUUCCAUUGGGUUUUCAAAAUAACUGGGAAAAAAGGGAAAGUAAAUUGUAGGGGAAACAGCAAAUAUUUACGUCAAGCUGCGUCGAUUUCAUUGUUUUAAAUUUGUAUACACAAUUUUUUCCAUCGGAAAUAUUACUUCAGUCGAAAAAUGACAAAGAAUCAAUUUUAUUCCAUUUAAUAUAUAGCCACUGACAGAAAAAGUCAUUUUUUUUUUAUAUCUUAUGUAGUUUGUAAUAAUUGGAAAAAACCAAAAAAGACAAAAAAUAUGAUGUUUUCAAAUUACAACGAAGCGAUUUCAUUAUUUAAAAUUUGUAUGUUUUUAUUUUUCUACCGGAAAUUUGUGUACAAGUUUCAAGAAAAGCAUAUUUUCUAUAAGAAAAUGUUGUCUAGUCUGUGAGUAAUAAAAUUAUUGAUUGAUUUCCCUAAUAAUUUUUCUAAUAGUUAUGAAAAACCGGGAAAAACGUAGAAACCGCGGCCAAGUGUACGGGAUUUGUGUUUGUUGUUGGUAUUCGAUUAAAAUUAUUGUAGAAACAUACAGUUUUAAGAAAAUACUUAUAUUGGCCUUUUGUAGACGUGGUGAAAUUUUCAAAACAUUCUAACUAUAUUUAGGUCUUUGAUAUUUUCGUGUUUCUAUGUUUAUUUUUAUUUGGCAGGUAUCUGUUAUAUAAAUUAUAUGAUUUUCAGAGAAAUUCUUGAAAAUUUAAUACAAGGUGAAUUUUAAGUUGUACUUAGUAAUCUAAAAAAAAAAAAAAAUUUAAUUUUCAUUAGUUUUUUUUUCAUAAUCGUUUUAAAAUCCCAAUUUUGACGAAAAUCGUAAAAAUUACAGCAUUUUAAAAUACCAAAUUUCCAAAUUACCGAAUUUCACUUCAAAUCGUUUUUCGCUAGCAAUGGUUUAAUCUUCGCGUACGGAUGAAAAUUAAACACAUUUCUGUACCCUAUCUUUCGAAUUCUCCAUCUACAACAAUGGCUUCACCCGUUCCCAGUAUCGUCUGUUUGUUUAUUAUUAUUAUUUAUUAUUAUUGGCCUCGGGUGUUAAGGAAAAUACAAUUUGAAAAAAAAAAAUGUUUAAAAAACGAUUAAAGAGUAAAUAAUAGUUGAUUAUGGAGAAAAACCGCACUAUAUUCAUAAAAAAAAAAAAAAUGAAUCAUCUCUCCCUUGCUGAUACGUGGCUGCGGUCGUAAUGGACAUUAAUAUUACCUCAUAUUUGUUUCUAUUAUGUGUAUGUGUAUAUUCAUGUUUGGAACGAAAUUGACAUCGGUCGCAAUAUUGACCGAACAAGAAUAACACAGUUAAUUUUUAUCUCAAAUAUAUGCAUUUAAAUUUUAUUUUAUCGUGUAAACAUAUUUAGUAGCCAACGUAACGAUGAUACGAUGUAUAGCAGUUAAGGAUUGAAUUUCUAUAACCUAAAAAUAUAAUACAUUAAUAUCGUGUGUUAUUUGUUUCUGCAGCACCACUCAACAUAAUGGCAGUACUACACCGAUGUUGUCAAGGUCGAGAACGUUUUAUACAAACGGUGAAAUCAAACCGAACAGUCAAAAGAAAAGUUUCGAGUAUAAAGGGUACAAAAAUAAUUUCCAACAGACGAAUAAAAAUAUGCAAAUGCAAAAAGAUGUUCAGGUAAUUAUUAUUAUAUUAUAUAACUAUUAUUUGAGCAAAGCGAUGAAACUAUUGGUUCUACUAUGUUUACAUAUUUGUUUUAUAUCUGCAAACAACUAUUCUAUUAAAAAUCUCACUCGAAUCAAAAACUUUAUAGGAACUUGCAUGUAACAUAUAUUGAUGUGUUUGGUGCAUCGAGGAGGUCAUUUUUUAAUUUCCCUUGUAGUUUUCUUAAUUAACGGGAAAAACUGACAAUUUUUCGUAUAAUUUUUGUUGAUUUCUAGGUUACUUUUUUUUAAAAACAUUAUUAUCACUAUUAUAAUUGAAUAAUAAAAAUAUAUUGUACUCACGCAUAUAUAGGGUCCAAAAGUGCAAUUUAAAGAACCUAAGCGGAAAUCAAAACCCGCAGUGUUAAGCGACGAAGUGAAUAAAUCUGUGACGGACUCGAAAAUAGAUUAUACAUUAAGAAGGUCGAAAAGCUAUAACGGACCCGAUAGUAAAUACUAUCAAAACACUUCCGAAGAAACGAAUAAUUCGUCGUAUAAAAUACACCAGACGAACGAAUUUUGCAUCAAAGAUUUGAGUUGUUUUCCCGAAGACAUUAAUGAUAUGGCCAAACGUAUAGUUAAAGGUAAUGUGUACAAAUAAGUAGUAUAGUAAAAAUGCUCCAAAUUAUUGUUUGAACUUAUUCUUAAAGAUACUGAUUUUUUUGCCCGAUGGUACUUUAUUUAAAACGAUUUCUAGAUUCCCAAAAGUUUUGUCUAUAGAAUUUAAAAAACUGACAACGAAUAUCGACAUUAGUUUUUAUUUUGUUAAUUUCUGGGCUUCGAUUGAAAAACACGACUAAUACUAUUCCGCUCGGAAUCGGUUUCUGAUUACAAUGAUUUAUCGUUGCUUCCAUUAUAUGAAGUAAUUAGAACGUCCGGCUUUUGUUUUUAAAAACUAACCAUGUUAAGAUUUUGUACAAUAAUUAUGUCCUGAAUCUAUUUUGAGCGUAUAGAAUUACAAGAAUCUUAUUUUUUUUUUUUUUAUUUCAGAUACAAACAAUUCACCGACGAAAGAUUUAAUGCUCUUAGCUUUGAAAAUAAUCGAACACGUGGUUAGCAAGGAAGACGCUUUGAACCCUUCGGUUAACCUGUCCCUGUUUAUAAUUGAGGUGAUUUUUUUUUUGUGUUAACGUCAUCUUGAUGAUACACACAGUAAAAUGAUAUUCUUAUCAAUUUUAAGAAUUUAACCAUUAUAAUAUAUAAUAGAGAGAUACAAGAGAAACUUACGUGAAUAUGAUAAUCAAUACCAUACAACUGUGGUUUGUAAAACGAGAGAAACUUUUACAACCACCCAGAUUCUGCGCGUACGCGACGUACGUGUUGAAAAUGUAUACAGGGGUAAGUAUACGAAAAAUUAAUAUUAUUUUACAAAAUAUAACCUAAUAAUAUAAUAAUAUAAGUUUUUGUAAAAAAAAAAAAAAAUGUUUACAUUAUAUUUCAAUUAAUAAUUUAAUAUUCAAUUACGUUUGUAGAAUUACACUAAAAUUCUAAAAACAGUAAUAAUUUUAUUUUAUUUAAUAUUUUUUGUUAGAAAAUAAAAUAUGCAGUCGAACAUCUCAUAUUUGUGAAGCAACGAAUAAAUAAUAUAUUUUAAAUUUAUUAUUAUUUCAAUUAAAGUAAAAUGAAAUUUACAGAUGAAACAGAAUAAAGUGUUGUCGAACAGAAUGGAGAAAGAAGUGUACUCCCGCAAACAAAGUCUACUCAUUUUAUUGUUUAAGAUUUGUGAACACUGUUUAACACCCACGAAAGAAGAGGACGCAAUUAAAGAAGAAGAAGUAGAAAAUUGAAUUAUUCAAUCGUAUCAGUGGCGUGUGCAGGAGGGGAGGGGGUUAUAUUCUAUACCUAAAUAAUACACUAUAAGUAUUUAUUUAAUAAUUUCAUCUUGACGUGUGUAUGUUUCGGCCGAUGUGUUAUACAAAGAAAGCUAUUAAUUUAUGGAGAAAAAUUUGAUUUUACACCUAUACCAUUAAAAAUCUCCUGGGCAAACCACUGAUUUGUAUCUAUUUUAAUAUAAUUCUUUUAUACCAGGGAAGAAAGACUUUUUCAAAAUCAAUUUUGUAGAGUUUUCAACACAAGCAAAUAUAAUUUGAAAAAUCAUAGUAUAUAACAUAUAACCUUACUAAUACACUACAUAGGUACACUGAUUUUGAAAAUACAUACACUUAUGUCACUUAGACUAAAACUCAAAGGGUAGAAAAUGAUUUAAGAUAAAAUUAUAAAAGAAAAUACAAAAAUUGACUUAAGUUGUUCUUCCUCGGGACCAAUGGUUAUGGAGAUAAUAAUCGAUUGAUUCUAUUUUUAUUUUCAUCAGGCCGAAUGUUUGUUUGACAUAGUGAACGCCGUCGGACGGGACUUAGAACAAGAAGUCCCGGACAUGGUAAAACAGCUGUACGUGGCCAUCCGGGACGUAAUGUUGACCCGCGAUUGUUCCACGUCCACGAAAAAGAUCCUUUUGCAUCUGAUCGAACUGAAAGCGUCCGCGUGGGCGCUGCCGCCAUCCACCAUAAACUAUUAUAGCUCGAAAACGAACAUUUAGUACCUAUAUUUUUGCGAUAUAAUAACGUAUUAUUAUGAUUUUAUUUAAGUGAUAUAUAUAUUUGUGGCUUGGUGCAAGAAGGGUCAACGCAUUUUGUGAAUGUCGGGAAAUGGGCUUUGAAAUUUUAAUUUCCCAUAAGGCUAUGCGUAUUUUAUUAAAUGUUUAAUUUUCAAUUUUCAUUUAGAAAAUAAAAAUUGUAGGUACACUUUUUCUUUUUUAUCUCUACUGAUUUUUUCAAAGAAUUGACAUUGUCUCUUCUUGCACCAAGCCACAGAUAUGCAAAAGUAUGUUUAUCGAUAAAUAUACUCAAGUUACGAAUACAUGUUUUAUAUCUCGGUCCCAGGGAAGAACGGCUCAAUUUAAUUUUGAUAAGUUUUCAAUAUGAGCAAAUUGAAUUUUUAAAAUACAUAGAUUUACAUAAUUUAUAUCAAAAAGUAAAGAGAAAAAACAAUUGAAUUUCAAAGAAUCAUUCAGUUUUUUUUUUCAAGCAAUUUUUUUUUCCAAAGAAUCAUAUAUAUAUUAUAGACGUAGUGGAGAAUUUUCGAUUUUUUUUUCCCCUUUUUCUUGAACUUUACUAAUAAUAAAUCAUUUAAUUAUUACAUACAAGUUCACUCCUAGUCAAAUCCCAUAAUAUCCCACAUCUUAAAUGCUAAACCAAAACCGAGCAAAAUGUAUUUACAAACAAUACAGUACUACGCAUAGGUACAUAAUAUAUUUUCACAUAAUAUUAUAACCAGAUGAGAAAUGCAUCGAUGUUUAAAAAGUAUUGAAUAUAACACAAUCCAAAGCACCUAAGUCAAGAUACAGCUUCAUACAUACAUAUACUUAUACAUACAUAUGCACAACGGUGAUUCUAAAACUGAACUUUGAAAUAUUUGUUAAUUAUACAACCUAAAUUGAUUUGAAUAUUUAUAAAAACGAUAUACAAAAAAUUUUAGGAAUUGGACAAUAUUAACCCGUGCCACAAUAGGGUUGAAGUUGCAAUCCCUAUUUUUUUUUAGAAAACAACAUAUUUUUCUAUGUUUUUCAAACAUAGCCUAACUAAUAAUAGCUGUAACGAAAAAAGUAUAAGAACAUAAUUUGUUUAAAACACAUUUUGUGUAUUUUUUAAUCUUAUAUAUUUUUUGAAAAAAAAAAUAACAUUAUUAAUUAAUAUUGUAAAUUGUAAAUGAAUGUGCAAUAUUUAAAAAGUAGACCAGAAUUAAUAAUCACAUUUUUCAGAAAAUUAAAAAUUGAAAAGGAUUUUCCUUCAUAACAUACAUGAAUUCAUAAAACAUUUUUCUUACCAAUGUAUAUUUAAGGCUAAGAAAUGAAAAACUGCCAUCAAUAGUUAAGAUUGUAUUCAUUGUUAAUUAUUAUUUUAUUUUUUUUUUGAGGUCGAUGUUUUGAACGUAUAAUUUUUGACACUAAGAUACGACCGAUUAAUUUUUGAUAAUUGUUAAAAUAGAAUGCGUGAGGUUAUACCGAGGAUCGGGUAAUUUUUAAUUUUGAUACGGGUUAUGUAGGACUCUAUAUCCAAACUCCAAUGACCCAAUAAAACCUGUUAGUUUUAACACAACCACAUUAUUUUUCAGUUAAAUUAAGACCUGCUGUUGUGCAUUUUGAAACAAACUAAUAACAAAUUCGGUUUUGUCUUCAAAAUCCUAUAAAACAGUGUCACUAAUUUUUCCUAUUUUUUGGGACAUGUGAGUUUUAAUUCUGGUCUACUCAUAUAAGGUUGCUAGGCAAUAACCAAUAGUUCAACGGUGAUAAUCGAUUAUGUUUUUUUUUUUAUGUUCUCAAGUUUAUAAUAUAUAGCUUUAGAAAAUAACCGUGGUAUUUUGAACUUUUUUUUGUUUUUGUUUUUUUUUUUUAUCGUAUAAUCAAAUACAUUGUAUACGUAUUGUUUUGAUAUAAUGUAAUUUCUAGUCAUAAGGGUGGUGAGUUAUUUGUUUUUUUUUUUUUUUUUACUUGUUUAUAUCGUUUUUCUAAAAAAAAUUAAAUAAUUGUAAACUCAGUUUUAACUGCAGUAAUAAUGAUAUAUUUCAAAGCUAUAUAUAUAUAUUAGUGUACGCGGCAGUAAACUGCACGUAUCAGCUAUAAUUUGUCUACGCCGUACAAUAAUAUACUAAUAUUUACAGUUUAUGUUAUGUACUCGAAUGUAUACGCGAAUUCAUUGCAAAAUUAUUAUUGCAAUAAAUAUAUAAAAACAAUUGUUUGUACUCG